GUUUUCUAUGUUUGAAAGUUUUCGCGGUUAAUUUUUGUUUUGGUUCAAACAAAUGGUAAAAUAAAAAGAUUUGUUGAUAAAGAAUUCAAAAUUCAAUUUCAUAACUAUAUAAAAUGAAAGAAAAAGUCAAAGCAAUGAACGGAAAUGAUACCUCAUCAAUUUCCCACAACGUUACUGAAGAAUCUGGAGAUGAGGCGGAUGAAACUUCUAGCGUUGGAAGUAAUUCUACCACCGACACUACAUCUAGAAGUGCUACACCAACAAAUAAACCAUCAAAGAGAGGGAAGAAACGAAAGAAGAAAUUGAAUAUCAUCAAACCUCCAAAACCAUUGUACACAUUCCAUUGCAGUAUUAAAGAGGAUCAUGGUCAACCCUUAUUUGGAGCUCAAUUUAACCAUUACCUCAAAGAAGGACAGCCUAAAAUUUUUGCUGCUGUAGGUAGUAAUCGUGUCACAAUUUAUGAAUGUCCAGACGAACCAAAUGGAAUUAAAUUGUUGCAAUGUUAUGCAGAUCCUGAUCUGGAUGAGAAUUAUUAUACAUGUGCAUGGACCUAUGAUGAUGAACAAGGAAAACCUCUACUAGCAGUAGCAGGGUCUCGAGGAGUUAUUCGUAUUCUCAAUCCAGCCACUAUGUGUUGUAUAAGACAUUAUAUAGGACAUGGACAUGCAAUCAAUGAGUUGAAGUUUCAUCCUCGUGACCCAAAUUUAUUGCUAUCAGUUUCUAAAGACCAUGCAUUGCGGUUGUGGAAUAUAAAAACGGAUGUUUGUAUUGCUAUUUUUGGCGGUGUUGAAGGACACAGAGAUGAAGUUUUGAGUGCAGAUUUUGAUGUAUUUGGUCAUAGAAUUAUGUCUUGUGGAAUGGAUCAUUCCCUCAAGUUGUGGAGAUUAGAUAAAGAAUCUAUGAAAGAAGCUAUCAAACAGUCAUAUCAUUGGAAUGCCAAUAGGAAUAGUAGGCCAUUUGAUUCCCUUAAAGAGCAUUUUCCAGAUUUUUCUACUAGAGAUAUACAUAGAAACUAUGUUGAUUGUGUAAAAUGGUUUGGCGAUUUUGUUCUCAGUAAAUCUUGUGAAAACUGUAUUAUCUGCUGGAAACCUGGGCGUUUAGAUGAUAACAGAUUGCGUAAAGGUGAAACUACAUCUACUAUCAUCCACAGGUUUGAAUACAAAGAAUGUGAAAUUUGGUUUAUACGUUUUGCCAUGGAUUUUUGGCAGAAGAUAUUGGCUUUGGGAAAUCAAACUGGAAAAAUAUUUGUUUGGGAUUUGGAUGUUUCUGAUCCUUGUCAAGCGAGAUGCCAUACUCUUCAGCAUCCCAGAUGUACAACAGCAGUUAGACAAACAACUUUAAGUCGUGAUGCAGGCAUUUUAUUAUGCGUUUGUGAUGAUGGAACAAUCUGGAGAUGGGAUAAGGCUCUUCAAUGAAGAAAUAGACUUAAAAUUAUUUCAGAUUUUAUACUCAUUAGUUAUGUUAGAGAAAACUUUUAUUCAUCUGAAAUUUUCUGCGCUAUUGUAAAAUGUUGAAUAUUGUAUAUAGUUUUUGUAAAAAAUAAAGUGAAUAAGAGAGG